GUGCGUGUAGUCAGUGGCACUUCAUCACAGCGCAGCGAGGCAGGAGGCGGACCGUCGGGCGUCAACCAGAUAGUACCGGAGAACCGGAGAGGAGGCAGCAGUGAGCGGGACAACGCGGGCACAGGAGCUAUCACACAACACGUCUCCAGCAGGCUUUCUCUUCUUCUUCUUCUUCUUCUUCUCCUCCUUCCUCUGGAGCAAGUGUUGCAGUUUCCGUCUCCGUCCCGAGUCUUCCGUCCAGCUCGUGUCUCCACCGCCGCCAGGUCUUCGUUGGAGAUGUCCAAAAAACGACCCGCCGAGCCGGAGUCCCGGGUGAACCAGCAAGCUGCACUGGGCAUCAUGACUCGCCUCCCUUGUUUCUCCCCGGAGUCUGUAGAAUGAAGACGGCUUAAAUUAUAAAAAAAAAAAAAAAAAAAGAAAGGUCCAAGCAGCGCAGAGAUGUCUGUUCCUCUGCUGAAGAUCGGCGUCGUGCUCAGCACCAUGGCGAUGAUCACCAACUGGAUGUCGCAGACCCUCCCCUCUCUGGUGGGGCUCAACACCACCAAGCUCACCGCGGCGCAGGGAGGCUACCCGGACCGGAGCACGGGAGUGUUGCCAGCGAACCCAGAGGAGUCGUGGCAGGUGUACAGUUCGGCCCAGGAUAGUGAGGGAAGGUGUGUCUGCACUGUGGUGGCGCCACAGCAGUCCAUGUGUUCACGGGAUGCCCGCACAAAACAACUGAGGCAGCUGUUAGAGAAGGUCCAGAACAUGACCCAGUCCAUCCAGGUCCUGGACCAGCGAACCCAGAGGGACCUGCAGUAUGUGGAGAAGAUGGAGGUCCAGCUCCGUGGUCUGGAGACCAAGUUCAGGCAGGUGGAGGAGAACCACAAGCAGAACAUCGCCAAGCAAUACAAGGCCAUAAAAGCGAAAAUGGAGGAGCUUAGACCGUUGAUACCAGUGUUGGAGGAGUACAAAGCCGAUGCCAAAUUGGUAUUGCAGUUUAAGGAGGAGGUCCAGAAUCUGACGUCAGUUCUAAACGAACUUCAGGAGGAGAUGGGGGCCUAUGACUACGAGGAGCUCCACAACAGAGUGUCAAAUCUUGAGGAGAGACUCCGAGCAUGCAUGCAAAAAUUAGCAUGUGGCAAGCUGACGGGCAUCAGCGAUCCCAUCACCAUCAAGACGUCCGGAUCCAGGUUCGGCUCCUGGAUGACCGACCCUCUGGCACCUGAAGGAGAUACUCGGGUCUGGUACAUGGAUGGUUACCACAACAACCGCUUCGUGCGGGAGUACAAGUCGAUGCAGGACUUUAUGACGUCAGACAACUUCACGUCCCACCGGCUGCCCCACCCCUGGUCGGGAACGGGUCAGGUGGUCUACAACGGCUCCAUCUACUUCAACAAAUUCCAGAGCCACGUCAUCAUCAAGUUCGACUUCCGCACCUCCUCCAUCAGCAAGUCCCGGCAGCUCGACUAUGCCGGCUUCAACAACGCAUAUCACUACGCCUGGGGUGGCCACUCCGACAUUGACCUGAUGGUGGACGAAGGGGGCCUGUGGGCAGUCUACGCCACCAACCAGAACGCCGGCAACAUUGUCCUCAGCAAGCUGAACCCCAACACGCUGCAGAUCGUCAAGAGCUGGACCACCAACCACCCCAAAAGGAGCGCCGGCGAGUCUUUUAUGAUCUGCGGAACGCUCUACGUCACCAAUGGCUACUCGGGAGGCACCAAGGUGUACUACGCCUACUCCACCAACUCCUCUACCUACGAGUACAUCGACAUUGCCUUCCAGAAUAAGUACUCACAUAUCUCCAUGCUGGACUACAACCCGCGAGACCGAGCCCUCUACGCGUGGAACAAUGGCCAUCAGGUCCUCUACAAUGUCACACUGUUCCACGUGAUCCGCUCAGAAGAACUGUAACCACAGAAAAUGGAUUACAUACAUAAAUACAUAUUGUCUGUGUAGAGAUCUCCCUAUAUACAAAAAUAUAUCUGCGAAAGAAAAGACUAUGGCAAGACCAUUCUAUUUAUAAUAUCAAAUUUACUGAGAGACUGCAUCAACACUGAAUGCAAAGUGGAUUGAAUGUGCAUAAAAAAAAAAUCUAAAGUUGAAGGGUUUCAUUCCAAAAUGUGAUAUAUUUGUUACAGAAAAAAAAGCUUUAUCAGUUAAUAUCGCAGAUGAUUGUUCAUAAAACAGUUUUGUAAAUAAAAGGUCUUAAUAUAACUUUUACCCAUAGUAGACCAUCAUUUUGUUAGAGGUAUUUUAUUUUGGAAUGAAACUCUUUAAUUGUUUGCCGCGUAGAAAAUGAUUGUAAAAGUAGACUAAUACAUCAGAUUUAAAAGAAUAUGAACAGAUGCCAAAAAGAAAAAAUACAUCACGCCUUUUUUUUUAUAUUAUGGAAGCUCAUUCCUGUGGCUCCGGUUCUUCUGUAGAAAUCCUCCCAGCUGAACUUUUCUUUUGGUCAAUGGGGGUCCUGAAACAAAGACUGUUGUGUAAUAAACUGUUGGAUCCCCAGUGUCCCAUGGACAGGCAGAAAAGGGGGAGGUCAGUCUAGUCAGAAGACCUGAUAGCCUAAUGGGUGUCAUAUCGUUUUUAUCAAGUACAGUAGCAAAUCAAAAGUCUGUAGAGAAACAGCAAACAAUAAGAACAUCCACUAAAAGACCUGAAGGCACUGACUGUUGACAGCGCUGUUGUUUGAGAUGAUUUUCCCGUGUUAGUGACUAUGUGUGAAAAAGGCUUUCUUUGCAUGAGUGUUUUCUAUCACUCCGGUCUGCUCUUCUGAAUGUCUUUUGCUGUAUGAUACUAUAAAAAAAGGAGGGAGGGUGGGGGGGGGGGGGGGGGGGGAGGGAGGGAGGGAGGGGGAGGGAGGUAGAAUACCUUUGGGAUUUGAGGAUUUGCAAAGAUCUUUACUUUUUUUCCCUGCUUCUUUCUACUUAGUUCUUGUUUUGUUUAUUUUUCUUUGCAAUCAUUCUAUUUUUCAAAUGUUCUCGUACCACUGUAACUGUUGGCACCGGUUAUGCCUCUCUGUAUUUGUUUAUUUGGACUGCGUGGGAUGAAUCUAUCUAGCUCACAUCGCUCUGAACAAAAAAAAAAAAGAAAACAGAAUGUAUCGAGUAAUGUAUCCUGGGAACCCGGUCCUCCUAUCUUCAAUUCACAUCAUGCGCCUGUAGUAGGGAGAGUUUUUUUAUAUAGAGGAUAAUCCUGUCUCAUGUCAUGUUUCCCCCCCACCUGCUAGUGAAGGAUAAUGCUGUUUAAAUGUAUACCCUUGCAGAGGACAAAAGCUUUUCACUCUUUUUGCGCUUUGCUGGACAUGUGUUGUAUCUGAGAUGAGAUAGUUAAUGAUUCGUGUCAAUAAAACAGAGAAAUCUGA